AUGUUUAAUUUCUAUUUAUUUUUAAUUUUUCAAUUAUUUUUAUCAACUUUUGGUAUGCUCUGUGUUGGUCCAGGUGCGGAUAAUUGCCAAAAUGAAUUUUAUUCUGAUUCUCAAUGUCAACUUGUAUUUCACACUAACGGGGUUGUUAACGAGGACCGAUGCGAGAACGAUCAAAGUGAGCGAUUUAAAAUAGUAAUUCCCAUGUUUUGUGAAUCUAUAACUCACCAGAUAACCCGGCUAUAG